AUGGGGCCAAUGCGCCUCAGCCUCUACAGGCUACUGGAGAAUCCGCGCUCAUCUUUCGGAGCUAAAGUAUUCUCUAUUAUUUCCGCUUUCUUUGUUCUACUUUCAUUAUUAGGUUUGAUACUUAGUUCAAUGCCUGAACUGCAGGAUGAGCAGAAAGAACCGCAUUACAUUCUUCAGUGGCUUGAGCUGUGUUGUAUGGCCUACUUUACUGUGGAAUACCUUGCCCGUUUCAUCGUGAACCCAUUCAAGGCAAAAUUCAUACGCUCCCCUUUGAAUGUGAUUGAUGUGCUGACGAUUUUGCCAUUUAUCAUUGAAGCCUUCAACGAGCUUCAAUGGAUGAAAAAUUUUAGAGGUGCCAUGCUCGUAGUGCGAGUAAUGCGAUUAGCCAGGGUAGCUCGUAUAUUUAAGCUGGCCAGGUAUAGCACUGGUUUGCGAGCAUUUGGAGAGACGAUGAAAAAGAGUGCUGCAGAGCUUAGUAUGCUGGGAAUGUUCUUACUCACAGGAAUCAUGCUAUUCUCAACAGCAAUUUACUUUUUUGAAAGGGAUGAGCCGAACUCAAAAUUCUACUCAAUACCAGCUGCCUGUUGGUGGUGUGUUAUAACGAUGACAACUGUUGGCUACGGUGAUCUUGUUCCAGUCACGGCAGGAGGCAAGGUUGUUGCCGCGAUGGCUUCGGUUUGUGGUAUUAUUGUGCUAGCCUUUCCAAUCUCUAUGAUCAUCGAUAAAUUUGCCGAGUCCACAGGCGUUUGGAACGAAGUGGAAAAAGAAAAUCCGAAAAAGGGGAAAGUGAAGCGCACAUUUUUUUAA